AUGACUCUCCAGAGCUCGGAGGGCUGUCCUGGCCUGGGAACUGAUGUGUUCAUUCCCCAGAGCCUACAAGAGACUGAAGAAGACAGCAGAUCAGAAAGAAAUGUCAGUGAGUUUGAGCAUCCACAGGACCCGGAAACUCCUAAUCUCCCACCUCUGCUUCCCAUGGCCCUUUGGGGCUCUCAGGGAGGGCUGUCUCCAUGCCACCUACUGACCGUGAAGGUCAUCCGGAUGAAAAACGUCCGACAGGCUGAUAGGGUGAGCCAGACAGACUGCUUUGUGAGCCUCUGGCUGCCCACCGCUUCUCGUGAGAAGCUGAAGACUAGGACCAUCUCCAACUGCCCGAACCCAGAGUGGAAUGAAACCUUCAGCUUCCAGAUCCAGAGCCAAGUGAAGAACGUGCUAGAGCUGAGCAUCUGUGAUGAAGAUACACUGACACCAGAUGACCAUCUCUUGACAAUCUUCUAUGACCUCACCAAACUCUGCUUCCGAAAGAAAACCCAUGUGAAGUUCCCACUCAACCCAGAGGGCAUGGAAGAGCUGGAGGUAGAGUUCCUGCUGGAGGAGAGUCCCUCUCCACCUGAGAUGCUCAUCACCAAUGGCGUGCUCGUGUCUCGGCAAGUCUCCCGCCUGGAGGUUCAUGCAGAAUGCCAGAGGCGGAAGAAGAGCAGGAAAAUGAAGGACCUCCUGGUGACAGUGAAGGAGUCCUUCGAGCACACCCAACACGUUUCAUGCUGCCUGGAGCCCUGCUGCGCAAACCCAGCCUGCUUCCACUACCCCGAGUACUUCCAGCCCUGCCUGCACGUGGACGUGCCCAAGAGCCCGUGGGGCCAUGGGCUUUGCUGUUGCUGUGCACAGAGGAAGACCAGCCCUGUCCGCCAGCCCCUUGACUGCCUCCCCGAUGGCCAGACGGUGACCCUGCCCGUGGGUGAGAACUGUGAAUUACAUAUGAAGUCUACACCCUGCCCUCAGACGCUGGAUGUGCGGCUGGGCUUCAACCUGUGCCCUGCCGAGCAGGAGUUCCUGCAGAAGCGGAAGGUGGUGGUGGCAAAGGCCCUGCAACAGGUGUUGCAGCUGGAGGAGGACCUGUCUGCGGAUGAGGUACCGCUGAUAGCCAUCAUGGCCACCGGGGGUGGAACAAGAUCCAUGACCGCCAUGUAUGGCCACCUGCUGGGGCUGCAGAAGCUGAACAUCCUGAACUGUGCCAGCUACAUCACUGGCCUGUCUGGGGCCACCUGGACCAUGGCUACCUUGUACCGUGACCCUAACUGGUCCUCCAAAAACCUAGAGCCUGCCAUAUUUGAGGCACGGAGGCACGUGGUCAAAGACAAGAUGCCUGCCCUGUUCCCAGACCAGCUCUCCAAAUUCCAGGAGGAGCUUCGGCAGCGCAGUCAGGAAGGCUACAAGGUCACCUUUACAGAUUUCUGGGGCCUGCUGAUUGAGGCCUGUCUGGGGGAUGAGAGCGAUGAAUCCAAACUGUCAGAUCAGCGUGCUGCUCUGUGUGAGGGCCAGAACCCCCUGCCCAUCUACCUCACCAUCAAUGUCAAGGAUGAUGUAAGCAACCAGGAUUUCAGAGAGUGGUGUGAGUUCUCCCCCUACGAGGUGGGCCUGCAGAAGUACGGGGCCUUCAUCCCCACCGAGCUCUUCGGCUCCGAGUUCUUCAUGGGGCGGCUGAUGAAGAGGAUCCCAGAGUCACGGAUGUGCUACAUGCUAGGCUUGUGGAGCAGCAUCUUCUCCCUAAACUUGCUUGAUGCCUGGAAUCUGUCCCAAAGCUCGGAGGAGUUUUUCCACAGAUGGACCAGGGAGAGAGUGCACGACAUCGAAGAUGAGCCACUCCUGCCCGAAAUCCCCAAAUGUGAUGCCAACGUCUUGGACACUACAGUGGUGAUCCCAGGGUCGUGGCUCUCCACUACUUUCCGCAGCAUCCUCACCCACCGGGCCUUUGUGUCUCAGUUCCACAACUUCCUGUUGGGCCUGCAGCUGCACACCGACUACCUCCAGAACAGCCAGUUCUCCAUGUGGAGAGACACGGUGCUAGAUGGUUUCCCAAACCAGCUGACAGAGUCUGUGAGCCACUUGUGCCUGUUGGACACCGCAUUCUUCGUCAACUCCAGCUACCCACCCCUCCUUAGGCCCGAGAGAAAAGUCGACCUCAUCAUCCACCUCAAUUACUGUGCUGGGUCCCAGACAAAGCCCAUGAAACAAACCUGUGAGUACUGCACCGUGCAGAACAUCCCCUUCCCCAAAUACGAGCUGCAAGAGGACGAGGAAAACCUCAAGGAGUGCUACUUGCUGGAGAACUCCCAGGAGCCAGAUGGCCCCAUCGUCCUUUUCUUCCCACUCAUCAACGACUCCUUCCAGAAAUACAAGGCCCCAGGUGUGGAGCGAAGCCCCGAGGAGCUGGAACACGGCCACGUGGACAUUUAUGGCCCCCAAACUCCAUACGCUACCAAGGAGCUGACAUACACAGAGGCCGCCUUUGACAAGCUGGUGAAGCUCUCUGAGUACAACAUCCUGAAUAACAAGGACAAGCUCCUUUGGGCCUUGAGACUGGCGGUGGAGAAGAAGAAACACCUGAAGAGCGAGUGUCCCUCCUAAGUCCCAGCGAGCCUCACCGAUCUUGUGUCUGCUUCUGUGGUCAGAGGCGUGGAGCCCAUCAGGGCUGACCAGCCUGCUCAGCCGGCUCCGCUCUCUGGCAAGGGGCGUAGGCAGGCUGACCAGGGCUUUUUAUCAAAAAAAUAAAAAUUUUAAGAAGUUGAGGGAGAUAGAGAAAGAAACAAAAGGAACAUAACACGGGCAUGUGUUGGGAUUUUCAACCCACAGGAAUUUUUUUAAACCUUUCCCUGCAGGGAAGGGGUCCAGUAGCCACAGGGUCCCACACAUGCCUCAAGUAUGGAGAAUAAAAACGUGGCCUGCGGAAGAGAUGAGUUCCCCAGAAACAGCCUGCGAGCUGGAGCUAAAAGCCCCCUCGAUUCUACUCCUCUCGGCCUCCUGGCACAGAGGGCCUCCAGGAAUAAACAAGAGGAGGACCUGAAGAGUACUCUGGGUUCUCUGGAAAAAACGCCUUUUUAAACUUAAGGCAAUCAUUAUUUUUAUAGGCUAUUAUAUUUUGUGGUUUUCGUUGUUUUGAAUCAGGGUAUUCAUAGAUAGUGUGAUGAUCUAGAAGAUCUAGACCGAGCACUAGACAGAGAACUGGUCUCUUCAGCAACAAAGCCAAACAGGUGACGGGCGGGUCUCAGCAGUCCCUCUCCAGCCGCUCAGAGCCCCUGGAACACUGAUCCCUGGGAUCUCAACCAGGCAGCCUCAUCUGAGCACCUAGCUCCAAUGACAUGCCCAGCAAAGCCCGCGUCUGCAGCUCAAGCUCUCGGAACGAGAAUCUGGGGUGCAGCUCAGGGAUGUCUGAGCAGGGAAACGGAGUCAGGCAUCAGGCCAGCACUCGCCGGCCAGCCUGUCCCAGGAGCACUCCUCGGUUCCCUUCUCACCUUCUUCUCUGGUUUCCAGACAGGAUUAUUUAUUCUAAAGGGGAUUCCUCUUAUUUAUCAUGUAAACACCGUGGCCCGAGGCGACUCUCAACAAGGAAGACUCAACCCUUGAAGGAGUAGGUUAGCCCUGAGGAAGAAGCCCAUCCAUCCUUGCAGAAGGUUGGCAGACAAAUCACUGGGAAAGCCCUGGGACACAGAGAAGCCCAAAGUAUCCAGGCCUACUAGGAAUUUGACUAAAGAAAUAUGUAACCUGAGCCAUGGAGAUGUCCAGGCCGAUGGAAGAUGUGACCAGAAAGGCAUGAAGCCCAACAAACCUGGAAGACUUGGCCCUCUUUCCCGGCCUCUAUGCUCCUGAAGCAGUCCUUGGGUUGCUAGGAAAUGAUGAGUGGUGACAAGUAACGAAAGUCCAGAAAAAUCGGCUUCCAAAAUCCAUCCUUGCUACUCAAAGUGUGGUGGGGGACUGGUUAGACAUGCAGAGAAGCUCAGGCCCCACCCCAGGUCUGCUGGAUCAGAAUCUGCAUUUUAAGGAGAUUCCCACCUCCUCUCUGCGCACCACCCACAUCCCCAUGAGGCUACACGUAUUAAAUUUCAGUGGUGUAUGGGGCGCCUGGGUGGCUCAGUUGGUUAAGCGACUGCCUUCA